GGAAGUGCUAGCCCCGUUUCCAACGCCACUCGGUCCGAGAUGGCGGAUCUCCACCGCCAACUCCAGGACUACCUGGCGCAGGGUAAAGCGAGCAAGCCGGCAGCUACAGAGCCGCUGCUCGCCGCGAGGGACUCGGAAGAGCCUGCGGCCCGGUCCUGGCCAGGCCGCCCGGUUCUGCGAUGGCCGUGGGCACGGAGCCCUGCCGAGCCGCCGCCCGCGGGCUCCCGGUGCAUCCCGAGCGUGACGCGCGGGCAGCGCCUGGCGGCGGGCGGGCUGUGUCUGCUGCUGGCCGCGCUGUGUUUCGGCCUGGCGGCGCUGUACGCGCCCGUGCUGCUGCUGCGCGCGCGCAAGUUCGCGCUCCUCUGGUCUCUGGGCUCCGUGCUGGCGCUGGCGGGCGCGGCGCUGCUGCGGGGCGGCGCGGCCUGCGGGCGCCUGCUGCGCGGCGAGGAGACGCCUUCGCGGAGCACGCUGUGCUAUGUGGCCGCACUGGGCGCCACGCUCUACGCGGCGCUGGGCCUGCGCAGUACGGCGCUGACGGCUCUCGGCGCCUGCGCACAGGUGGCCGCUCUGCUCUACGCGCUGAUAGGGCUCCUGCCCUGGGGCGGCCUGACGGCGCUGCGCCUAGCGCUUGGUCACCUAAAUCGCGGGAGCGGCCGGACCCACGCGCUCCCGGUGUGA